CAGACUUCAUUAGGUAGAUAUAUGUAUGCUGCUAACUAUGGAUCUUCCCAGGGUAAUAAUUCUGGCCGUUUUGAGUUGUGUGUUGAUACAAAAUAUAGUUGAAGCUCAGGUACCACCUGCUAAGAUUGGACAGUAUAUUCAUGUUCAACAGGAUUCAAACAGAAUAUACAUCUACGGAGGAAACUUAACAUUAAUUGUUGACAGAAAUUCGUGGAGAUUGCGUAUCCAUGACAAUUUUACGUCAAAAGUGUACUUACAAGAAGCGACGAAGGAGUCAAUGCGGCUUGGUUUCGGGAGAUGGGAAGGAAAAUACUUGGAUAUAUAUCAAGGAUAUUUAUUUCGUAUUGGACAAAUAGUUGAGUGGAAUUCUGCCACUGAAGCUGCUAUUUAUAACGUUACAAAGGAUCAAAAUGGGAAUGGCGUAAUUGCCACAACAUUGAAAGUAGCAUCAAAUUCCUCUUCGCCUUCCGCUCCAAACAUGUUGGUUAGUUUUACGGAUUUUGAUGAAAGAGUAUUCACAAUGAAAGUGGAAUUAAGCUCUUCAACAGAGAAAUAUAAUCGUGUAGGUUGGGGAUAUAUGACGCCGGAUAAAAAUGAGUCUUUUUAUGGAUUUGGAGAGAGAUUCAAUGGCGCGAAUCAAAGAGGACAUAAAGUUGGAUCGUGGCUGGAAGAAGGAAACUGGGGACUAGGGAGAUUUGACCCAACUGGGAAAAUAAGGGUACCGAAAGGAGAGCUUGCGACAUACGUUCCAAUGCCGUUGCUUAUUUCAUCUAAAGGCUAUGGAAUGCAGUUGAACAUGUAUCACAGAAGCGUAUUCGACUCAAAAACAUCAGAUCAACACAUGCAUAUCUUGGCAGAGACAGAUUCCAUGGACCUGACGAUAUUUUGCAAAAAUUCAAUUUCGGAUACUUUUCAUAAAAUGUCAGAAAAAAAUGGAAAGUCCCUCAUUCCACCAUUAUGGGCAUUUGGACCGUGGAAUCAAGUUGGUGAUGAAGUAGCAGGAGUGUCAAUAGUGAACAGAACAAAGGAUUUGCUUUUCAAGGAAGACAUACCAUUUUCUCAUUGUGUUAACACGGUGCAUUAUUUUCCUGAAGGAGGAGGAAGAGACAAUGGGAAACAAUUGAGAAUUCAAAAUGAGGAAUUGCUUUCUUUAGGUAUAAAGGUAUGCUGGCAUUUACAUUUAUAG